AUGGUCCUGGAGGCUGGUGGCCCCUUGGCGCUCUGGUUUCCGCUGGAAGACCCCGGGGGAGGCCGCGGCUCCGGCGCCCACAUGAUCAGCACCGCCCGGCUGCCUGCGGAUCGGCGCGUGCGCAUCGCCUUCAGCCUCGACCCGGCCGCAGAUGGGACGCCUCCGGAAGACCCCUCUCCUCCGGCCUUCCCGGAACUAGAGCAGCAGCUGCAGCCGCUGCCGCCGCGCCCCGACUCGCUGGAGUCCGUGCAGGUCUUCAAGCAGCACUGCCGGCUGGCGGAGGAGUACCGGGCGGUGCGGCGGGAGAUCGCGCUGCUGGAGGCCAGGAGGGAGGAGCUGGUCGCCAAGCUGGCGCAGGCGGAGAAGGAGAAGGUGGAUGCUGCUCAGCUGGCCCAGGAGUUUGAGGCGCUGAGCGAGGAGAACCGCACCUUGAAGCUGGCCCAGUCCCAGUGUGCGGAGCAGCUGGAGAAGCUCAGGACCCAGUUCCAGAAGAGACAGGGCUCGUCUUAG